AUGGAAGCCAUGUCUUCUCCCGAGGGAGAUCCUGGUUCUCAGGGUGCCGCCUAUUCAUGGGUUCUCGAGCAUUUGUUGGCCUACCCAGGCACUUACGAGAUUCCCUUGCGAACUAUGUACGCUCUCAAUGCCGCAACCCAAAAUCAACAAUGUCCGAGUCUGCCAACAUCACCCACCGUCAUUGGAAAUGCCUUUCCCCGCAAAACCCACGAUGCGGUGGACGAACAAAGUAUGGCUACUGUCACAGCAGCUGCCCAGUUGCGGGCAAACCUCAUGACACAUAUUUCACAACUACCCUCCCAGCCAAUGUCAUUACCUCCCAGCUUCAUAACCAGCUUCGUUCGACGAUGUUUCCCUCCUGAACUGGAACAAGUCGAUUUCCCACAGGCUUUGACCGCGAUGGAUUACCUCAAGGACCUGGAAGUUCGACGGAGACGGGAGGUGGUGGCGGCGCUGGACAAGCUGGGCAUCGAAAGAGAUGAUAUCAGCCAUCGAGACAAAUUAGCCCGCAAGUAUCCUGGUGUGUUGCGGUGGGUCAUGGAUAUCGAGGACAAAGAGCGCAAGAUCGAGGCCCUGUAUACGCAAGUUUACUUGGGUCUGAGACGCUGGACGAUGAUCAACGAGCUCUCGUUGACGCCAUUCAACAAGGCCAACUGUUUAGCCAUGCUCAGCACCCUCUAUCCACCCAUCACUAUCCAACCCACGGCCCAAUUGACGCCAAAAGUCCUCGCUGAUCAGGGUAAAGGGUUUUUCAAGUAUAUCACGGCUGUCGAACGACAUGGGCCUUCAGUUCUCUCCAAGCUCAUGGAUCAGGGCAAGAGGCCAGAGGAUGCUACAGGAUGGACAGGACUCCGAGAGACACUCGAUGACUAUGUCUGCAUGGCAAACAGUGUCAUUGAUGAGUGUUAUGAGAUCACCGGACGUGACAGUUCUCCGAUUGCCGCCUCUUUCAGCUCCGCAGAAUAUGACGAGGAUGGGCGAAGCAAAGUUGACUCGGCCAUCUCCUUCGGUUCAGCUGGCUCGUCCAACCGCAACUCUGGUCAGAGCCAUGCAACAAGACCGAGCACAAGUAGCAGCUUCAGCACUGGAAGCCGCAAUCAUAGUCGUCAGGUGUCGAGGGACAAGCAGCUACCAGAGAAGCCGUUACCACCCCCCAAGGAUGACGAUAUCGCAGUGACACAGAAAACUUCUGGAUCAACUUUGGAGCGAAUUGCUCGCGAGUUACGAAAAAUGAAAAGUCGAAAUAACGUCAACUACGAACCACGACCGAGAACUGCAUCGGCGCCGUCCACUGAGAUAGUGAUGAUGGAUAACUCGGAACGACCACCACCAACACCCGCGAAAGACCGCGGCUUGAGUAUUAAGCGCAGUAUUAGAAGGAUCCGGUCAAAUACGAGUCCUGAUGACGGCAGCCACCGUCCCACAAAUCGCAACGAUGAACAAAUCAUUCAAGAGAUCCCAGCAUUUGAUGCAGAUGAGAUGAGGAGAAGACGACAGGAAUAUGACUCGCAGGCAAAAGCCAAAGAGCAAACAAUCUGA